AUGUUGGUCACUGCCGGCGAGCACCUUGACCUCACAUGCCUAGUCCUUCUCCUUCUCAUGUCGCUGCUCCGAUGGUGCCUAGUCCACUUUGACCUCGAAGACGUCCUUGCGCUCCUCCUCCUUGACCUUGGGCACGACCACCCGGAGCACGCCGUUCUUCAUCUCGGCCUUGAUCUGGUCCAUCCGGAGCUCGACGAGAUGAAGCGUAGGCUCAAGGAGAUGGAGGAGGAGGCCGCCGCCCUGCGCGACAUGCAGGCCAAGGUCGCCAAGGAGAUGCAAGGAGGAGAUGCCAAUGCGUCUACAGCUGAGGCAAAAGAACAGGUUGAUGCCCGCUCUGUUUAUGUUGGAAAUUUAGUCGAAAAUGUCUUUGGUGCACUUAACUUAGAUAAGGGAUACUUACGCCAAAAGGUUGAUUAUGCGUGUACACCAGAGGAAGUGCAGCAGCAUUUCCAAGCUUGUGGAACCGUCAACAGAGUGACAAUCUUGACCGACAAGUUUGGACAGCCAAAAGGCUUUGCUUAUGUGGAAUUUCUAGAACAAGAAGCCGUUCAGGAGGCUCUUAAUCUGAAUGAAUCUGAGUUGCAUGGUCGCCAGAUCAAGGUGUCACCAAAGAGGACUAACGUCCCUGGGAUGAAGCAGCGUCCUCCACGCGGAUUCAAUCCCUACCAUGCCUACCCUUAUAGAUCAUACGGGGCACCGUAUUUCCCACCGUACGGAUAUGGGAGAGUUCCCAGAUUCCGCCGGCCGACACGCUACAGGCCGUACUUCUGA